AUGGCCCGGCCUUCCGACUCCCCAGAAGGGUCUGGGCCCCACUGCCAUGGUCCCUCUCAGACUCCGACUCCUGCGCGAGAACUAGACGUUCGGCCCAUGUUCGAGCUAGCUGGGAGGGGGACAGGGCUGACUGUCCCCAGCCUCAGGGGCCUCCUCACCGAGGAGUUCCUGGGCACCGUCUGUGCCCUUUGCUGUCUCAGACUCGCAGUGGGGCUCCGGAAAGGCUUCCACAGGUCUGUGAGGUGCGCUCGGCUCCGAAUCCGCGGUUCCCCGGCGCGCGGGAGCCCGCAGGCUUCGGGAGAGGGCCAAGCCGAGGCCGAGCCCCCAAACAUGGAGCCCCUGGGCAGCGAGGGCCCGGAGCCGGAGCGGCCGCAAGGCCCUGGGGAGAAGCGGCCCGGGAGUCCCGAGGGCAGCCCGAGCCUGGCCCGGGCUGGGCGGGAGGCGGCGGGCUCCGGCCCGGACCUUUCGGAGGAGCCGAAGCUGCCGCCGCCUCGCCCCGGGCCCCUGCGGAUGCCGCCCCUCAGCCUGGGCUACGGCGCCUUCCGCCGCCUGGGGUCCGCCGGCCGGGAGCCGCCGUCGCCGAGCGCCGCCUCGGCAGAGCAGCCCCGGGCCGGCGAGGCGGCCGGGUCCGAGCUGGCGCCCUCGGCCGCGCCGGGCGAGUCGCCGCCCGGCACCUGGGCGCCCGUGGAGCUGCAGGUGGACGUGCGCCUGAAGCCGAUGGGCGGCAGCCGCGCGCCCUCGCCGGCGCCCUCCACGCGCUUCCUCACGGUGCCGGUGCCCGAGUCCCCCGCCGUGUCCCGCCAGGCGGAGCCGGGCUGCGACGCCGCCGGGCGCGCGGGCUCGCCGGGCGCCCCCACGGGCCGCUGCGCGGAGCCCGGGCCGGGGCCGGAGGAGGAGGCGGUGCGGCUGCUCGGCGCCGGGACGGACGGCAGGAGACUCCCCCGGGCCAUCGCGCUCAUCGGCCUGCCCACAUACAUGAAGUCCUUGCAGUGGGCCCUGGCUGUCGUGGCUGUGCUCCUGGCCUGCUCCACAGUUGCCAUCGUGGUCCUGGCCUCCAGAGCAGGAGCCAGGUGCCGGCCGUGCCCCCGGGGCUGGCUGUGGACGCAGGAGCACUGUUACUACCUCUCUGCGGAGCCCCGGGCCUGGGAGCCCAGCCACGCUUUCUGCUUGGCCCACCGUGCCACCCUCCCCCUGCUGCGCCACACCCAGGACUUCCUGAGCAGACAGCCCAUCACCACGCACUCCUGGCUGGGGGCCCGGCGAGGCCCCCAGGGCUGGCACUGGAUGGACGGGGCGCCCCUGCCGCCCCCACUGCUCCCGGAGGAAGAUGAGGAUGACCCGGCUCUCAGCUGCGGGGUCCUGGAGGCGGGCAGGCUCGUGGCCGUCAACUGCAGCUCCCGCAGACCCUGGGUCUGUGCCAGGGGGGCCCAGUGACUCGGGUCCCAGCGGGCUGAGCCUGUGGGGGGCCUCCCCGGCCCCGGGCUUCCAGGCAUCCCCGCUGUGCGCCCAGAUACCGGACUUGCUUCGAGAAGGUCAUGUCCAGGAGGAGACUCGUGGAGGCCUCGGCCUGAGGCCACUCUGCUCGCAGCCGUUCUGAGCCCUGCUUUGCUGCUCAUUAAAACGGCCAUUUCCCAUCCUCCCCCACCCGCGCCGCCCUGUUUCCGCCUGGGAGGAAGCCAGGCCGGCAGUCGCAGGAGACCAGGCUGGGCUCCGCGUGGGUCGCCCUGGCGGCCGGAGCGCGGGGUCCCGGGAGGCCUGGGACGAGGCAGAGGACAAGGCUUGCGGGCAGCGUGGUAGGCAGAAGCAGCGGCAAUGCCGGAGGCCGGGCAGCGAGGGAGCCGGGGCAGAUUUGGGCAGCUCUUGCACCCGCAGCCGUGGAGGCAGCGGCCUGAGCUGCCCCUGCGCCGGCACUGCGGGAAGCUCUGCUCGUGGCCUGGGACCCUCCCCAGGGUAGGACCCUGUCCCCACGCCUCGUCUAACCGCAUCGUCCUCUACAGCCAGACCACACGCCCAAGUUCCUCCCAAGGAAACCUUCCCUGGGGCCGGCGUGGUGGCACCGCGGGUUAAGCUGCCACUCCCAACACCGGCAUCCCACGUGGGAGCACAGGUUCAAAUCCUGGCUGCUCCACUUCUGAGCCAGCCUCCUGCUGAGGCGCUGGCAGGCCACAGGAAAGGACGAAGCGCCUGGGCCACUGCCCCCACUUAGGAGGCCUGGCUGGAGUUCACCUGGCCCUGGCUUGGCGCUGGCCUGGCGCUGGCCUGGCUGUUGUCGUUUGGAGAAUGAGCCAACGGAUGGAGCAUCUCUCUCUGUCACUCCGCCUUUCAAAUAAAAGUGCAUUUUAAACAAAGGGCUCAUAUGGGCCAUUGGAGAGAAAGGCAUGGAGAAUCUUUUUUCUUUGAAAAAAUAUUUAUUGCCGGCGCCAUGGCUUA